AUGCUUCGCCGUACCCCACCCCUCUACACAUGGCCUCGCCAACUGCGAGCGCAGCGCAUAGCCCGCUCUGCACGGCAUUCAUCCUCGCAAUCUCCUCCAUCUCAAGCUUCGCGCAUUGAUCGCAUCACCUCCAAGCUUCCCAAGCGCUUGCAAAAGUAUACCACGCGUCUCCGCAACGCGCCAGGCUCCCACGUCGUGGCCUUUCUCAUCCUGCACGAGCUCACAGCCAUCGCCCCUCUCGUCGCCCUAUUUGCCAUCUUCCACUACACCACCUUCAUGCCGGUUUCGUACGCGACCGAGCAUUUGGGAGAAAACAUCCAGAGCGGCAUCACGAGGUUUGAGCGCUACUUUCGCCGAAAGGGCUGGUUUGGAUUUGGCCAGGACUCGUCGAUGGCUGAGUUUGAGCAGGCUGCUGAGAGCCAGGGCAAGUCUCACACGGAAACCGUCAUGGAGCAGUGGAAACGGGGAGACCGCAAGUACGAGAUCCUCCUGGAGGUGGCGCUGGCGUAUGCCGUGACCAAGGCUUUGCUGCCGCUCCGAAUAAUUGGCAGUGUCUGGGCUACACCCUGGUUUGCGGGUGUACUCACGAGAAUCAGGGGCUCCUUGACGCGCAAGUCCUGA